GUGGGCGGCACUGCAGCCUGCAGAACCAGAAGCCUUGCUGUGGGAUCGGCUCUCCUCUCCCCCUGUCCCCCUCUGGGAGGAGGAAGGUGCCGAGGCUCUUCGCUGGGAGAGCGAGGGGCCUCAGGCCGUGUGGAUCCGCGUCAGCAGACGCCUGUGGGCACAGGUGUGUGGCGUGUUCUGCGUGCUUGUGCACCUGGGUGUGUGAGCGUGGACGGUGUGUGUCUUUAGCUACAGCACAGAUGCCUGGGUUGUGAUGUGCAUUUGUGUACUUGUGUGUGCUUUUGGGUCCCUGUGUUGUGGGUACAGGUGUGCGUGGGGUGAGUUAAGUGCGUGCAUGCAGAGGUGGGUGCAUGUGUGUGUGUGUGUCGUUGUGUGUGGCGGGUAUGCUGUGCAGGGGGGUUUGGUUCAUGUGUGUGUCUGUGUGCUUGUGUGUCCGCAUUUCUGCGUGUUGCCGUGCACAGGGGGAGUUGGGCUGUCUGUGUGGGCAGCAUGUGUGUGCACGUGUGUGAACACCAUGUGACUCUGUGUUGCAUGCGUGUGCGGUGCAGGUGUGCUGUGGGUAUGUUGUGUGUUGUGUGUGUGCUGCGUGUGUGCGCAGGCGUGUGGUCGGCGUCCUGGGGCCACCAGCUCUCUCGCAGCCCUGCCCUAACUCUGCACCCUGGUGUCGCCCCGUGGGCCACAGUGGGGGCCGCCCUGUGAAGCUCUGGUGGCCGCAGCCUUGGCUCCCGCCGCUCAGCAGAGCUCCGGCUCCACUCUGGUCCUGGGGCGCCUGUCCAACGGGGAGGCGGGGCUGCCAGGGGCGAGUCUGGGCUCUGCGGGAGCAGGCAGGCGGCACUGCUGGCCGGUGACACCUACGGGGUUAAAGGGUGGAGGUGGGUGGCGCGUGGUGUGCGUGUGUAGGUGCGCUGUGUAUUGCGUGGCAUCAGUGCUGUGUGUGCCCUGGGCCUUCACCCGUUUGCCCGAGUCCCAGCUGUGACUUCACUCCUCGAUCAGCUCACGAUACAAACCCUUUUGCCAUCACUCCAGGAGCUGAGAAGGGAGAAAGGGGUGCCUAUGAACCUCGACGGGUGGAGGGGUGUGGCUGACCCUGGCGUUUCCAGAGCAAGAGGGAGCAGAGCCCACGGAGCCGCGGCUGGGGCCCUGCGGACGCCCUGGGCGCUCCCGUCUCAUCCACUCCGCACAGCCCACCCGGGGUUGAGCUAGGAUCCCCUGAAGGAUGGGGAGACUGAGGCCCAGGGUGAUUAAAGCCUCAAUUUUAACAUUAGUAAUGGACACGCGACAGGUGCCAGGCUCCAGGCCCCGUGCCUCGCCGUUUUGUGGGACUCUCACCGUGUCCCUGAGAAGCAGGUGUCUUGAUUCCCGAGCUGGCUGGGGCUUGGACACGCUGUGUGGCUUCCUAGUGACAGGGCAGCUGGCCUCUGAGCGCUCAGGAGGUGCUGGGCUGGGGCUUGAUGUGCAUCCUCCCAGGUUUAACCUCCGCUCGGCCUCACGUCUUCGGGAUGACGGCCGCCUGCAUUUGCGUACCGGGGCACUGAGGCUGGCAGAGCAAGUGGCUCGCUGACUGUAUUCACGGCAGAGACCAGAAGGAGCAUCCCUGCUCUGUCCCUCACCUGGCCAGGCAGUCACGUCCCGAGCGCCGGGUCCCUGCGUGUCCCUGGGGCCGGGCUCUCGGAGAGGCAGGUGUUCAUCAGCGGCGUGAGGCUCGGCCGCUGGUGUGGACGCCUCGCAGAGCGCCCUCCCCCGCCAGCGCCUGCGCCGCCAACAUGGAGAGCGGGAGCGGGCCGGGCAGCCCCAGCACCGUGUCCCUGGUUCCUGGUGAUGCCGUCCCCAGCCCUGAGGACAAGAUGGCCUCGGUCCUCCCGGUGCUCCUCGUGUGCGUGGUGGGCGUCAUGGGCAACGCCACGGUGGUCCUGGUGGUGCUGAACACACGGGACAUGCACACGCCCACCAACCGCUACCUGGUCAGCCUGGCCCUGGCGGACUUUACUGUGCUGGUGGCGGCCGGGCUGCCCAACGUCUCCAAAAGCUUGGCCGGGCAGUGGGUCUGUGGCCACGCCGGCUGCCUGGGCGUCACCUACUUGCAGUACCUGGGCAUCCGUGCCUCCUCCUGCUCCAUCCUGGCGUUCACCGUGGAGAGGGAGGUACACCCCGACCCCUGCUGCAGGCCAGGACUUCCUGGCCACGAUGCUUGGUAAACUGAGUCUGCCCCCCAUUUACGGAGGGGGCGCUGUGUGGGACCCUGGAGGAACCUGGCAAGGGCGAGGGCAGGCGCCGGGAAGCGGGCUUCUCAUCUCACCUCUGCUACUGACUUGCUGCGGGAUGCCAAGGCAACCCUGCACUUCUCUGGGCUUGGCGUCCCCACCGGGAACGUGGGCACUGGGACCGGACAGUCUCUUGGGCCUCUUCCAGCUAUGAAAUUAACGCCUGAGAGGCCAUCUAGCCUCUAAGCAUGUGGACGCUGAAACCCACUGACUGGGUUCAAGCCCAGCUCUGCCUCUUCCCAGCUGCGUGGCCUUCAGCACAUUGGCCCAGAGGAUUAGGAUGUCUCGUCCAGGGCUACACAGAACAGGGACAUAACCGAGGCCUUCUGACAUCCAUACACUGGCCCGGUCCUGGCUCUCCCCUGCUGUGCCCAUCUAGGGUCGCAAUGUCCUUGACCCCUCAGCCUGUGACCUUUGGCGGUGGACGGUAGAAAACCCACCCUGGGACUUGCACAAAGGUCAAGGUCUUCGCAAGGGCACUCUGAACCUUGUGGGCCUGGCCGGACCUCGAGGGGCUGCACCUUCCGACUCGGUCCUGCCCUCCCCUCAAGACUGGCACCUUUGCUCUGCCAGCCCCCGAGGCUGCCUCAUCACGGUCCCCCAGGUCCCCUGUGAAAGGGCCAGUUCCGCCAUUGCGCCCACAUUCGGUUCCCCAUCCGGGAAUCUGAUUAGCUGAGUGGACCACCCUCCAUGGCCCAAUCCCACGGGUCGGCAGGUGGGUCACGUGACUGCCCUGUGGCCUGCAGGUACCUCGCCAUCUGCCACGCGAUGCGGGCACAGGCUGUGUGCAUCGUGGUCGGCGUCUGGGGGACCACGUCUGUCUGCUGCCUGCUCUGGUUCUUCCUGGUGGACUUGGACGCUGGCGGGCACGGGGGGCCGCAGCCUGUACCUGCCCAUCUGCCUGCUGGACUUCACCGUCUUCUUCGUUACACCCUGCUGGAGGCCACUGUCCUCUACAGUCUCAUAGGGAGGGUCUUGAUCCAGAGCUCCCCGGCCCACCUGCCACAGCUCGGGGACCAGCUUGGGGGCCAGCAUGGGGGUGGUGAGGACCGGCCAGAGCCCGGAAGCCAGGGGAGGCAGCCCCGUGGGCCAGGUGGGGCGCAGCGGCUUCCCUUC